UCCUGAGGUUGAAGAGGCGCUGCUGCGCCUUCCUCACGAUGCUGUCUGUGUGAGUGGACCAAUUCAGUUUGUCUGUGAUGUGUAUGCCGAGGACACACUGUCAUAUACACACCGCUCUGCCUGCAGUGAGUACACACACCCUUCACUGUCAUACACACACCGCUCUGCCUGCAGUGAGUACACACACCCUUCACUGUCAUACACACACCGCUCUGCCUGCAGUGAGUACACACACCCUUCACUGUCAUACACACACCACUCUGCCUGCAGUGAGUACACACACCGCUCUGCCUGCAGUGAGUACACACACCGCUCUGCCUGCAGUGAGUACACACACCGCUCUGCCUGCAGUGAUUACACACACCCGUCACUGUCAUACACACACCACUCUGCCUGCAGUGAGUACACACACCACUCUGCCUGCAGUGAGUACACACACCGCUCUGCCUGCAGUGAGUACACACACCCGUCACUGUCAUACACACACCGCUCUGCCUGCAGUGAGUACACACACAUAUGUAUGCACGACACACCCACAUCAGUUGAGUCUUUUUCAAACUACUUACUACUGUGUGUGUGUGUACAGGUAUGAGGUUCGGUUCGGGAGAGAUGUAGAGUGCAGUGGAGCCUACAUCAAACUGCUGACUAAGACCCAUCUGCUACGACUGAGCCAGUUCAGUGAGUCCACUCCGUACUCUGUGAUGUUUGGUCCUGAUAAGUGCGGCACCAGCCACCGCCUCCAUCUCAUCAUCAGGGUAACGGACUCUAGCAACGGCCGUAACCAAGAGAUACACGCCCCCCAACCCGUCGAUGACCUGACGGUGUACUUCACCGACCGACAACCACACCUCUAUACACUACAAUUGUAUCAAGACAGCAGGUAUGAGAUUUUCAUUGACCAAUCGCUGAUCAGUCAAGGCCGCCUGCUGACAGACGAAGUCCAGUACACAGAAUCCCCUGAGUCCCCGGUGUCUGGAUUAUGGGUGGGGUCAGUCGCGGCGCUGGGUCUGGAACUGUGGUCAUUAUCGGGGGAAGUUAUGUUUGACAAUUUCCUGUUGACUGAUGACCUGAAGCUGGCUGAGAGAUGGACACAGGACACCUGGGGACAGAAACAACCCGGCCUGUUGGAGCGACUCCUGAUAGCAACUAACUCUCAUCCCUGGCUCUGGGGUGUCUACAUCUUCACGGUGGGAUUACCCAUCACCCUCUUCAUCAGCUACAUGUGGCCGGACAAGUACUAUGUUUGUCAGAGAUUCGGGCCCCCUGACCAGGACUACUACUAUAAGAAGUCUGAUGAACCUCAGCCAGAGAAAGACCAGCCAGACAGACCAACCAGCCUCUCAGACUAUGAUGUGCUGUAUGUGUGUGUAGGUGCGAUGAGCAGAGAGGGGGCCAGGAGGAGAGAAACUCAGAAGGUUCAGAGGAAGUCAGACCUGGAGGUUGAGAAUGAGUGACAAUCCCUGGCCAGCCUGAGGACUAACCAACCCUAACCAGCCUGAGGACUAACUAGAGCUGUGGCGGUCACGAAAUUUCGUCAGCCAGUGAUUGUCAAGCAAAUAACUGUCGGUCUCACGGUUAUUGCCGCUGACACAGACCUUUGGAACGUCUACAUUUUAAAAUGUCUAAUAAAUCCAUAUAAUAUAGCCUACACCACAAUAAAUCCAUUAUUUAUUUUAGACAGGU